UAAAUGUGUAAGGACAUAGACUAGUCGAAGGCAACAUGGCGUCGGAUGUCCGAGUUAGUGUGGAAGCCUUGCAAGAAAACCAAGUUCAGGAGGUUUCUCUAGAUGGACAGGAGACAUACGUGCAACCACUGUCUAUGUCAGAGAAUCUGGCCAAGUUGGCCCACAGGAUCGACUUCUCCCAGGAGGACUCAGAUGGAGAGGUCCAACUGGAGCCAGGUGAGGAGGAGGAGGAAGAGGAGGAGGAGAGGAAGAAACAAGAAGCUCACUGGCCAUGGGAGUCUAUCAGGGAUAAGCUCAGGACAUCCUUGGUGGAGACCAAUGUGCUUCUAGAUGUACUGAAAAUAGCCAAGGACAAGAAGUACAUGGUGUUAGACCCAGUGUCACAAGAGCCUCAGCCUUCCAAACCAGUCUUGCAGUAUGUGGCCAAAAAAGAGAGCCUAUCGGGGGCUGCGGAUAUCCUACAGAAAGGAGCGGAUCGCCUGGCCAAGUCUCAGGCAGAGUUCAGCAGUGGCAGCCGUGGACAGGGGGACUUCCACAGGGAGCUCCUAAAACUCAGGCAGUACUGGAGGCUGCGACGGGCAGGCAAUAACAUUCUAGGGGACCUCAGCUUCAAGUCUGCUGGUUCCCACUACUGGCACUCCGGAGUGUUUGAAGUUGUGAAGACAACAGAGGAGGGAAUGGCACCAGGGAGCAGUCCGCUGGAAGUUCGCAUCCCAAGUGACCUGGAGGGCAACGCCUACAUACAGGUGGUCAUAGAGGACCAGUUAGAAACCAUUAUUGCAGUGAAGGCAGCCUUGUUACCCAACAGUCGCAGGGAGGCUGCCCCCGGUGAGCCACCGUGGAACGUCAAACUAGAGGCCGCACAGAACGUCUUAUUCUGCAAGGAGCUGUUCGCACAGCUGGCUAGGGAAGCUGUGCAGAUGAAGUCCACCAUCCCCCACCUUGUAGUAGGGAACCAGAUAACUUCACAGAUCUUUCCUGGAGUACAGCUGAGCAUUGCUCUGUGCCACAACACUGUGGAGGAGGAUUCAAAGGAUGAUACAACCUCCCCCCAGAGAUGCCAGCACAACCACGUGUUGGAACACGCCCUGCACCAGAUGUUACGGGAGGUCCACCGGAGUAACCUGAACCCCGCCCCUCCCCACCCGGUGACCGCGCCCUUCAGCAGCAGUAAGAAGCGGCGGGUGGCGGGUCCGCAGGGCCUCGACAGGAAACAGUGCACCCAGCUGCAGGAGACAGAGGGGCUGCUGGAGAGGCUGGAGAAACAGGCCAAGCACACCCUCCUCAGGGCCAGAAUAUUGGACAUGAUUGACAAGCUGGCCCAGGAGGUUAACGACCCCUGUCUGCAGGCCCACGUCAGCAGUAUUGGCACCAGUACGGAGUCUUCUGUCCGUAUCAUCAUCACAUCACCAGGCUAUGAGCAGAUCUGCAAAACCAUGCUGCACGUCAACAUAGGCGUGGAAGAUGUCAAGGUCGUUUCCAAGGACGGCAAGGUCAUCACCCUGUCCUAUGACGAGCAUGAACUGAGGGACCUGCUACUUCACCAGGCUUGUCAGCACCAAGUCAACACAGUCCAGUCCCUGAGUAAGAUGAUGGGGUGGCAGAUACUACACCUGAGUAACCAUGUAGGGACAGGACCUGUUGAGAAACUGGGGAAUGCCUCGGGGAUCAUGAUGGCUUCCCCUAAGGGAGAUAGGGUGAUCUCUGUUCGGAACAGCCCGUCGUUGGGGCCGCUGGUCUCCGUGCAGUUGACGAGGCAGAAGGGGUGUGAGACGUGGAGGAGUGAUGUCAUCAAGGACACAAAGUGGGACCAGGUGGGGGGCAGCUUCAAACCAGUGCAGUGGGACAAGGCCAAGGGCAGGAACUUUGUCAACAAGAUUGAGCUACUGAUGGGGUGUUUAACAUGAUUUUUGUGUGGCUGUGGAGAGCUCAUACUCUCUGUAUAGUGUAACUGUCAUUUGUACAUGUAUGGAAGGCCAAACUUAUUAUUU